AUGGCCACCAUCAAGCAGAUCGAUGGUCGAAGUAUCCAUCAAAUCCAAUCUGGCCAGGUCAUCGUCGACCUGUGCUCUGUUGUAAAAGAGCUGGUCGAAAAUAGCGUCGAUGCUGGCGCCACCACUAUCGAUGUCAGGUUCAAGAACCAGGGUCUGGAUUCCAUAGAAAUCCAGGACAAUGGUUCUGGAAUUGCGCCAGCCAACUAUGAUUCUGUGGCACUGAAGCAUCACACCUCAAAGCUAUCAACCUACUCUGAUAUCGCCAGCCUCCACACCUUCGGCUUUCGCGGAGAAGCGCUGGCGUCAUUAUGCGCUCUGUCCACAGUCACCAUAACCACUUGUCUUGCCCAAGAUGCACCCAAAGGCACUAAGCUUACCUUUGAGGCGUCCGGAAAGCUCAAGUCUACCUCUAUCGUUGCCGCCCAAAGAGGGACGACUGUUGCCGUCGAACAACUGUUUCAUAACCUGCCAGUUCGCCGACGAGAACUGGAACGCAAUAUCAAGCGAGAAUGGCACAAAGUCAUCGCACUGCUCAACCAGUAUGCCUGCAUUCUGACGCAGCUAAAAUUCUCCGUCUCACAGCAGCCAACCAAGGGCAAGCGGAUACUUCUCUUUUCCACCAAGGGAAACCAGACCACGAAAGACAACAUCAUCAACAUAUUCGGCGCCAAGACAAUGACAGCUCUUGUGGCAUUGGACCUGAAGCUAGAAGUUGUACCUACUACUUCUACAUCCCAGUUGACCACAGCUGAAGCUUCUGCGUCCAAAGAAAUUCGCGUCCUCGGCCAUGUUUCCAGACCGGUUCAUGGCGAAGGAAGACAGACUCCUGACAGGCAAAUGUUCUUUGUCAAUGGGCGUCCUUGCGGACUCCCUCAGUUUGCAAAGACUUUUAACGAGGUCUACAAGUCCUACAAUUAUUCUCAGUCGCCUUUUAUAUUCGCCGAUAUCCGUUUGGAUACAAACAUGUACGAUGUAAACGUCAGCCCCGACAAACGCAGCAUCCUACUUCACGACCAGAAUCACCUUUUGGAAAGCCUGCGCUCCGCUCUCGCUGAACUGUUCGAUCAACACGACUAUACAGUACCAGUUGCGCAAGCGUUUCCCACUCUCGGAAGAUCCGCAUCGAAAUCUACGACACCUGCCGACCCUUCUCCCGCAUCCACACCCAUGCCCCUCUCUAAACAACAGAAGCGGCCAGAAAAGUUAGAACAUGCACCGCACGAAGCGACUGCCGCUAUUCCGUUUGACGAGGACGAAAGUCCUAGACAAUCGCGCUCUGUUUCUCCGGACAUCUCUCUGGAUCGCCCGAUACCUGCCAUACAGCCGAUGAGACUAGUGAAUGAUACACCACGGACGAGAACUCCACGAAGCCUUAAGCGGGACAUUACGGAAACGAUUUCUGUCACCAUUGGUGAUUCACCACGAAAGAACAUCAUCAUCUCUCCCUCUAAAAGGCGAAAAGGAGAAAGCAUAGCAAGCGAGGAUGAUGACGACGAAGGUAUGCUGUCCGAUGACCAGGAUGCACGCCAAACUGCAUCACCACAAAGGCAGCGCGGAGAGCCCUUACAAUCACAAUGUAGUCAAGAGAACGAAGACCGCCACGAGCUUGAAUUUGAGUCGAGAGUUACAUCUCAGCUGGAACUUGAGGAAGAAAAGGAUGAGGCAGAACAGCUGUCCAAAGAAGAUGGGAAAGCUUCCGCACCGUCUGACGCUGAAGAUGAGAGCUCCGAAGGCGACCUUGCCGAAGCAGAGACAGCCAACGAUGAUGAGGAGAGUGAUGACAAUCCAGAGCAGGAGCUCCCUGUCGCAGACUCGAAACGAACUACUUUACCUCAGCCAACUGCUCGCCGGAAGGAUAGUACCCUGACGUUGAUACAUGGACUGAGGAUGAGCCCGGAGCUCCUCCGUACCCAUACCAGCAGCUACAAGACCAACGCUCUGAAAACCUCAACCGCAAGCGCAAAUGUGGAUUCCGUACAAGACAUCAGCGCCGUCGAUGCCGAGUCGAGGCUGCAACUCAUCAUCUCCAAGGGUGACUUUGGCCGGAUGCGCGUCGUCGGGCAGUUCAACCUCGGAUUCAUCAUCGCCGUCCGGCCUCGGGACCCCAACAAUGCCGCUGCCGACGGUGACGACGACGGCGACGGCGACGAGCUCUUCAUCAUCGACCAGCACGCGUCCGACGAAAAGUACAACUUUGAGCGGCUGCAGCGCGACACCGUCGUGCAGUCGCAACGCCUCGUGCGCCCCAAGACGCUCGACCUCACCGCGCUCGAGGAGGAGGUCGUCAUGGAGAACCUCGCCGCCGUCGAGGCCAACGGCUUCCAGAUCCUCGUCGAUGCCUCGGGCGACAGCCCCGUCGGUGCGCGCUGCGCGCUCACAGCGCUCCCGCUGAGCCGCGAGACGGCCUUUGGCCUGGAGGACCUGGAAGAGCUCAUCGCGCUGCUCAGUGACCAUGCGCCCUGCAGCAGCGGCGGUGGUGAUGCGCAGAUCCCGCGGCCUGCCAAGGUGCGCAAGAUGUUCGCCAUGCGCGCGUGCCGUAGCAGCGUCAUGAUCGGCAAGGCGCUGACGGGGGGUCAGAUGUACGGCCUGGUGCGACACAUGGGCGAGCUCGAUAAGCCUUGGAACUGCCCGCACGGCCGGCCGACCAUGCGGCACCUGUGCCGGCUGCGGGCCUGGGACGAGCAGUGCUGGAAGGGCGAUGUGGUGCCGACCUCGAGCGCGAGGUGGCAGUCGUUCUUGCAAGAGGAAGACUAG